AUGCAGCCGCAUGGUAAGAUUACGUAGAGUAGGGAUAGUUCCAAUUCAAAUAAUUGGUGAGGAUAAGCGCUGGUCAGUCACGAGGUCCGAAGUGUGGUCAUUUGUGAAGUCACUACUGUAUCUAGUUUUUCGAAAAUAACCGGCUCACCCUUAAGUGCUGCCCUUCUGUCACUCGUGACUUCACAGAGAUCGGUAUUAUUGCAAGGAGCAACUGUUUUCAACUUAAAUCAAUUUGUUAUAUUUUAUCCGCUGAUAUGCGUUACAUACAUUCUUGCCGUUUUGUGUAUUUGUUUUAGCUAUAUAAUUGUACCUGUUCAUUCAUUUAUCCUGUUCUAAUCGAUACACACGUCUUCUAAAUAAAAGCCAUUUGGAUUAAUAUAUUUUAUUUUAUACUAUUGUAAUUUUUAAUAAUUUGAGACUUCUUGCUAUUUGCUUUAUAUAACACGUAUCAACCAGUCAAUUUUAUUUUAUUUCAAUUUGAUGCUAUACCGUGCAAUCGGCAGUCCUGUUCACAUUCAAUAGUAAUACAUUGGCUUUAAUCUGUUUCUCCAAUACACCUUUACUACAGUAUAAGUGUACAUUCGUUACUCUACCGAUUUUGUUGGCAUUAAUUUCGAUAUAAUUCUAUUGUGAGAGUCCGUGGAUAGCAAUAGUUAUAAGUCUGAACUUCACCGAGCUAUUUAUUAAUCAUUUAUUGAAUAAUUAAGUAUAUCACCACCUAUUGCACUUUCCGAGAAGCCGUGAUUGUAAUAAUUCGGGUUCAUGAGCACGUAAACGUAAUUAUAUACCUUUUAUUAACUAACCACGCACUGGGGUAUAUUUAUGAGGAGAAAAAUUGUUAAUUCGUACGAGGUUUCAGGGAGUUGGACUAAUAAGGCAAAACGCAUUGUUUGGCGGUUGACAAAUUGAGAAAUCGUUAUUAAAUUAGAAGUUUUUUAUAUGUUUGGUUAUCAUUUUGAUAUAAUUUAUUAACAAAUUAAUUAAUUUUUUAGUUUCAUCAACUUUGCAAUUUAAAAUUUUAUUGAUAUAAACUAUAAUUAAAAUUUUAAUUCAAUUAAAACUACUAAUUCAAUUAAAAAUACUAAUUUAAAGAAAUAUUUUAUUAUAUAAAUUUUGAAAUUCAUAUAUUGUUAUUUCUUUAAUAUUAAAAGAAUUUAUAUCUUUACUAAUAAAUUCACAAUUUUACUUCUUUUUCAGACAAAAUAUAAAACUUAACAUAAUUUAAUUACUAUUAAUAUUUUAAAUUAAAAAAAUUAUUAUAAUAAAUUUUUAUAAAUAAAUGAUUAAUAUCAACGAAUCAUAAACAUAUUAUAUUUUUAUAAUUUUUGAUCUCUUAUCAGGAACUAUUGGUUCAUCUUUUAGAAUAUUAAUUCGAAUAGAAUUAAAUAAACCUGGAUUAUGAAUUAAUAAUUAUCAAAUUUAUAACUCAGUUGUUACAAGUCAUGCACUUUUAAUAAUUUUUUUUAUUGUUAUACCUUUCGUAAUUGGUGGAUUUGGAAAUUUUUUAAUUCCAUUAAUAUUAGGAUCUCCAGAUUUAGUCAAUUUCAAUUACUGUUAUUUUAUUAAUUUUAUCACUACUUGUAUUGGCCGGGGCUAUUACUAUAUUAUUAUUUGAUCAAAAUUUUAAUACAUCAUUUUUUGAUUCUAUAGGAGGAAGAGAUCCAAUAUCAACAUUUAUUUUGAUUUUUUGGGCACCCACAAGUUUAUAUUUUAAUUGUUCCAGGAUUUGAAUUAAUUUCAGAAAUUAUUAUAAAUGAAAGAGGAAAAAAAGAAAUUUUUGGAAAUUUAAGAAUAGUUUAUGCAAUUUUAGGAGUCGGGUUAUUAGAUUUUAUUGUUUGAGCACAUCAUAUAUUCACUGUUGGAUUAGAUAUUGAUACAUAAACAUAUUUUACGUCAGCAACAGUAAUUAUUGCAGUUCCUAUUGAAUCAAAUUAUUUAGAUGACUAGCUACAUAACAUGGAUCAAAAUUAAAAUUUAAUGUUUCAUUUACAUAAUCAAUUGGAUUUAUUUUAAUAUUUGAAGUUAGAGGAUUGACAGGAAUUAUACUAUCAUAUUCAUCAAUUGAUAUUAUUCAUGAUACAUAUUAUGUUGUAGGUCAUUUUCAUUAUGUGUUACUGAGUAGAGACAGUAUUUUCAAUUAUUGUAAGAUUUAUUCAUUGAUUUCCAUUAAAUUCAGGACUAUUAAUUAAUAAAUAAUGAUUAAAAUUUCAAUUUCUUUUCAUUAGUGUAAAUUUAACAUUCUUUCUUCAACAUACUUUAGGAUUAGUAGGAAUGCCACAACGAUAUUCAGAUUAUCCUGAUUCAUACUAUUGUUGA